AUGGCUCUGUUUGAUUUCAAGUCAGACACGCACUUCGUUGCUUCCUCCGACAAAACUACCCUCAAAGUCUACGCGCUGACCAACCCCACCAUCCAUCCUUCCCACAUCAGAAAGACCCAUUGGAGGGAAGUCGCCACCAUCGCUCCUGCUCCUGAUCGCGAUGGUGGCGACGCCACCCACGAAGACGAGGAGGAGGAGGAGGAGGAGGAGGAGAAGUCUUACCGCGGGCUGAUGUUCUUUGAUGGUCACGGGAAGAUCGAGGGACAGGAGGCGUUGACCAAGCUAGCCCAACACCUCGCCUGCCUACAGUUGAGGGUGAGCCCCCGGGGGCACAGUUUUCAAGACGCUGUCGAGUUGGGAGAACACAAAGACUUUGGAAUUAACUAUCUCCGACUGAACGAUCUUUUCAACUGGCCGGAUCACGGGGUCGACAUGGCGGGCGUUAGCGUGUGGCAACGCCUCAUGCUGAAGUACACCGUACCGAAACGGGAGAAGCGGGCGGCGGCGGCGAGCGGAGGGGUGAGCAAGGAGAAGUACGAGGAUUUGAAGAAGACGGUGAACAAGAAGGACGAGGAGUUGAGAAAGCUGAGGGCGGAGGUGGAGGAACAAGAGAAGGAGAUACAGAGGUUGAAAGAUGAGAGGGACGAUGCAACCGAACAGCAGGAGACGGAGCUACGAGAGCUGGAGAAGGAAAAGGACGAGGAGAUCGGGGAGAUGAUGAAGAGGAAAGACGACGAGUUACGAAUGGUGAAAAAGAGGAAGGACAGGGAGAUACAAACGUUGAAGGAUGAUAGUGCACAGCACGCGGAGGAGCUGCGAAAGUUGGAGCAGACGAAGGACGAGGAGCUGAGAGUGAUGAUGAAGAGGAAAGACGACGAGUUGCAAUCGUGCAAAAGAGGAACGACGAGGAGUCGAAGCAAAAGAACAACGAAUUGA